AGGGCGGGGGAGGAGGUGACUGGAGCAUUUAGACACAAGCGAGAGGAUCAUGGCGGAUGGCCCCAGGUGUAAGCGCAGGAAGCAGGCGAACCCGAGGCGCAAUAACGUCACCAAUUACAAUAACGUGGUAGAAGCAAACUCCGAUUCCGAUGACGAAGAUAAAUUGCAUAUAGUGGAAGAAGAAAGUGUAACUGAUGCAGCAGACUGUGAUGCCAGUGUGCCAGAAGAUGACUUGCCAACAGACCAUACAGUAUUACCAGAAAACAGUGAACGAGAAGGGAGUACAAACAGUUGCUGGGAAGAUGAAGCUGGGAAGGAAACAAAGGAAAUCCUGGGGCCUGAAGCUCAGACAGAUGAAGUUGGAUGUACAGUAAAAGAAGAUGAAUGUGAUUCUGAUGCAGAAAAUGAACAAAACCACGACCCUAAUGUUGAGGAAUUCCUUCAACAAGAAGAUACAGCUGUUAUCUAUCCUGAAGCACCUGAGGAGGACCAGAGACAAGGCACACCAGAAGCUAGUGGUCAGGAUGAAAAUGGAACACCUGAUGCGUUUUCCCAGCUGCUCACCUGCCCGUACUGUGACCGAGGCUACAAGCGCUUCACCUCGCUGAAGGAGCACAUCAAGUACCGCCACGAGAAGAACGAGGACAACUUCAGUUGCUCCUUGUGCAGUUACACCUUCGCCUACAGGACGCAGCUCGACCGCCACAUGACAUCACACAAAUCAGGAAGGGAUCAGAGGCAUGUGACGCAGUCCGGCAGUAAUCGAAAGUUCAAGUGCACUGAAUGCGGGAAAGCUUUUAAAUACAAACAUCACCUAAAGGAGCACCUACGGAUCCACAGUGGAGAGAAGCCAUACGAGUGCCCAAACUGCAAGAAACGUUUUUCCCAUUCUGGUUCAUACAGUUCACACAUAAGCAGUAAGAAGUGUAUUGGUUUGCUGCCUGUGAAUGGUCGAGCCCGGUCAGGGCUGAAGACGUCUCAGUGCUCCUCCCCUUCCCUUUCUGCAUCUCCAGGUAGCCCAGCAAGACCACAGAUACGGCAAAAGAUAGAGAAUAAGCCCUUGCAAGAGCAACUUCCUGUUAACCAAAUUAAAACUGAACCUGUGGAUUAUGAAUUCAAGCCCAUAGUGGUCGCUUCAGGAAUUAAUUGUUCGACCCCUUUGCAGAAUGGGGUUUUUAGUGGUGGUAGCCCAUUGCAGGCAACCAGUUCUCCUCAGGGUGUGGUGCAAGCUGUUGUUCUACCAACAGUAGGUCUGGUGUCUCCCAUAAGCAUCAACUUAAGUGACAUUCAAAAUGUACUGAAAGUGGCAGUGGAUGGUAAUGUAAUAAGGCAGGUAUUGGAAAACAAUCAUGCUAACCUUGCGUCCAAAGAACAAGAAACGAUCAGCAAUGCAUCCCUACAGCAAGCUGGCCAUUCCCUCAUUUCAGCUAUCAGUCUUCCUUUGGUUGACCAGGAUGGGACAACCAAAAUUAUCAUCAACUACAGCUUGGAGCAGCCAAGUCAACUUCAGGUUGUUCCCCAAAACCUAAAAAAAGAAAACUCUGUUCCUGCAAACAGUUGCAAAAACGAGAAAUUGCCAGAAGAUCUUACAGUGAAGUCUGAGAAGGAUAAGAACUGUGAAGGAGAGACCAACGAUAGCACUUGUCUUCUGUGUGAUGAUUGUCCAGGAGAUCUUAAUGCACUUCAAGAACUAAAGCACUAUGAAACAAAAAAUCCUCCUCAGCUCCCUCAGCCCAGUGGAACAGAGGCUGAGAAGCCCAACUCUCCUGUCCCAUCAGAAACUGGGGAGAGCAACUUGUCUCCUGGGCAGCCACCCUUGAAGAACCUUUUAUCGCUCCUAAAAGCCUAUUAUGCAUUAAAUGCACAACCCAGUGCAGAAGAGCUGUCAAAAAUUGCAGAUUCAGUGAACUUACCCCUGGAUGUGGUAAAAAAGUGGUUUGAAAAAAUGCAAGCUGGACAAAUUUCUGUGCAGUCUUCUGGACCAUCUUCUCCCGAACAAGUCAAGCUAAGCAGCCCUGCAGAUAACGACGGUCAGGCAGCGACUACAAAGGUCAGCGAGCCCCAGAACAGCACAGCCAACCCCCAAAAUCCUGUCAGUACAGUGAAAUCUGAGACUUUGCCAAGGGAGUCAGCUCUAAACAGCUCACGCAGCAGCACGCCAUCCCCAUCGCCACUCAACCUUUCCUCAGCCCGAAAUCCACAGGGUUACACGUGCAAGGCAGAGGGUGUACAAGAAGAGCCACAAAUGGAACCUCUUGACCUUUCGCUACCAAAGCAACAGGGAGAGCUGUUGGAGAGAUCCACCAUAACUAGUGUUUACCAGAACAGUGUUUAUUCUGUCCAAGAAGAACCUUUGAACUUAACUUGUGUAAAAAAAGAACCACAAAAGGACAACAGUGUUACAGACUCUGAUCCUAUUGUAAAUGUUAUCCCACCAAGUGCCAAUCCCAUAAAUAUUGCUAUACCUACAGUCACUGCCCAGCUACCUACAAUAGUUGCCAUUGCUGACCAGAACAGUGUCCCAUGCUUGAGAGCUCUUGCUGCCAAUAAGCAAACCAUUUUGAUUCCACAGGUCGCUUAUACAUACUCUACUACAGUUAGUCCUGCGGUUCAAGAACUGCCACCAAAACAGACCCAAGCCAAUGGAAAUCAGGAUGAAAGGCAAGACACUAGCUCAGAAGGAGUAUCGAAUGUAGAAGAUCAAAAUGAUUCUGAUUCAACGCCCCCAAAGAAAAAGAUGAGAAAGACAGAAAAUGGGAUGUAUGCAUGUGAUUUGUGUGACAAAAUAUUCCAGAAGAGCAGCUCAUUGUUGAGACAUAAGUAUGAACACACAGGUAAAAGGCCUCACGAGUGUGGGAUCUGCAAAAAGGCCUUCAAACACAAACACCAUUUGAUCGAACACAUGCGACUGCACUCUGGGGAGAAGCCCUACCAAUGUGACAAGUGUGGAAAGCGGUUUUCACACUCGGGGUCUUACUCUCAGCACAUGAAUCAUCGCUACUCCUACUGCAAAAGAGAGGCAGAGGAGCGCGACAGCACGGAGCAGGAGGAGACAGGCCAGGAGGUCCUCACCAACGAGCAUGCUGGUGCCAGGACAUCUCCCUCGCAGAUUGACUCGGAUGAGAGAGAGAGUUUAACCAGGGAAGAAGAGGAAGACAGUGAAAAAGAGGAAGAGGAGGAGGAGGAAAAAGAGAUAGAAGGACUUCAGGAAGAAAAAGAAUGUAGGAAACUACAAGAAGGAGAGGACGAAGAGGAAGAGGAAGAAGAAGAAGAAGGGAAAACCGAAGGUAACAAGAAUGAGGAAGCUGUAAAUGAAGCAAGCGAUGCAGACCCAGAGGUGGUACAGAAUAACGGGCAGGUGCCAGAAGAGAAAAACAAAUAAAGCUUAAAUGAUCCUUUCUGUUUUUUUUUUCUAUAAGGAAAAAAAAAAAAAAAACAACAAAGAAACAAAAAUAAGGAAGUUGGGAAUGAAGUUGGUUCUAUAUUAUACAUGCUUUUCAUGGAAACGCAGUAGCCUGCAUACUGUGAUUUCUGUUCACUACUGUGUAAAAAAAAAAAAUAUAUAUGUAAAAAAAAGAAAAAAGAAGAAAAAAAAAAAACAAACAAAAAAAAAAAAAAAAGAAAAAAAGAAAUCCAGGUGUGCCUGAACCUCAAACUUAGUAAUUUUUCACACAGUUUUCAAAGUUAGGAACAAGUUUGUAACAUGAAGCAGAUUAGAAAAAACAAAAUACAGUGACUCUGGAAGCAAAGAUUUCACAGGUUGUAGGAAAUCUGAUUUAUUGAGACGAGCAUCUGGCGUCGUUUGGUUUAUCAGUAUUAAUUUUCAUGCUUAAGUUGGUUCAUUUUGAAGCUGUACAAUUGGGAGAGAUUUAUGUGAUUGAUUUUUUUUUUUUUUUUUUUUUUUCUUUAAAUGGUAAAACGUUUCCUAAAUCCACUUCAGUAUUUUCUUAUGUUUUCAAAAAUGUGAGAACUUCUGCACUACAAAAUUCCCUUUUGCAGAAACCUGUAAUGCAGUUGCAAACAGUGCUUGGCUGCCUUGGUUAAAUUCAGCCUGGCGGGUAGCAGUUUAUGACAUUAGGUGUUGUAGUAGAGCAUAUUAUCAUUUAAAGUGUAUUGUUAGCCUUAAGAAAGCAGAUGAUAGAAGAACUGGAGUUUCUUACUCAUGUGAUAAAAAUGUAGUUGAAGAGAUUGUCGUUGAGUUCUGAUUGCAGGGACUAACAGUGGUAAGGACAGCAAAGUCGUCAAAAUCAGUGUUUGUAAUUGUGUUUGGAGUAUGUAGUAACCAUAUGAAGGAUAUGAUAUGAAGCUUUGUAUCUCCUUUGGCCUUAUGCAAGACCUGUGUGCUGUAAGUGCCAUUUAUCAGUAUUACCAAGGCUGGAAGCAGCCUUUUAUCCAAUAUGUGGCCUACAAUAACUAGCAUUUGUUGAUUUGUAUCCGAGUUCUAAAGGAAUCAUGGGGACAAAAACACUCAGCCAUCAGAGAAGUAAGAACACUGGGUAUCUCUCAUUAUUUAAUUGUUUGGUGGUAUUUUGGGGUUAACACCUGACCUGCAGAAUUUCUCUACAAUCAUUACAAGGGAAAUUUUCUAAUCUGCUUUAUUGCUUUAUGGGUUUCCUUUUGAUUUCAGACACAUACAUGACAUGUUAUCUGGCUCAUAAGUAUUUUCAAAUGUUAGUUAUUAUGGACCCCAUUUAUUAACAAUGUUAGCUGAUUUUUACCUAUCAGUAUUAUUUUAUUUCUUUUAGUUUAUAGAUCUGUGCAACAUUUUGUACUGUAUGUCUUCAAACCUGGCAGUAUUAAUACCCUUCUUACUGACAUAUGUACCUUUUUAGUUUUAGAAAACUUUUAUAUUUAUGUGUCUUAUUUUUAUAUUUCUUUAUUUAUUACACAGUGUAGUGUAUAAUACUGUAGUUUGUAUUAAUACAAUAAUAUAUUUUAGUAUGAAAAUUUGGAAAGUUGAUAAGAUUUAAAGUAGAGAUGCAAUCGGUUCUCUUGCAUUGAGAUUUGAUUUAACAGUGUUAUGUUAACAUUUAUACUUGCCUUGGACUGUAGAACAGAAGAAUUAAAAUGGGAAUGUAUUAAUUUUACAAUUGCAAUCAAUUUCAUUUUACCUUUACCCAGUUUUUAAUAUAAAAGCUCUUAAAUUUUGAAUUUCACUGUGUGACUAAUAGCAUGAUGCUCUGCAGUUUUAUUAAGAGAUUAGUCUAACCAUAAAACUCUCAUUUCCUUAGUAAGCCAAAUUAGAAUAAUCUUAUGAAACAGUGUUGGGAACAACCUUUAACAUUUUUGUGCCAAUUUGUUCCUGUAUUCAUGUAUGUAUGUUACAAACCUGAAACUUCAUUUUUAAGUUCCUUGUUACAUCAUGGUCAUUUUCUAGUUUUUUACCAGACUCCCCAUCUCACAAUAAAAUGCGUCAACAAGUC